UACACUAUGCACCUGAUGGGAGUGGGGUUCAAAUAGCUCCUGAUGUUACUGUAUACCCAAGUAAAGCAAUUGUUCCAAGACCUUCCAUUUCUACCAUUAUACCUCGUCCUCCCAGUGAUAUCAAACUGUGGGCCAAAGUGUUGGUCGUUUGGGACAAAAGUAUCAAUGAUGGCAUGUCUUAUUUAUUAUUCGAUGAUACUAAGUUAAGCAUUGCACCUGAUUCGUCUGCUUUUAAAUAUUAG